AUGUCCGAAAAGCGAAGUAAGAGCGAAUGUGUCAUCCAGUUCCGUUCGGGGAAGAUGAUUCUUCAAAAUGGCAUGGUUGCGCCAGACACACGGAUGGGAUUUUUGUCUUUCUUCAAGGAGUCCAAUGGUGAGGUGAGAAUGACAUGGAUGUCGGGACGUGACGAAGAAGAGUACAAGCUUCCUAGUGGACAAGUGAAAUUCAGCAGGGUUGAGAAGUGUACCACUGGAAGGGUACUCCUGUUUGAGUUUACCAAUGAUAAACCUCCUCUGUUCUUUUGGAUUCAGGAGAAAUCAACAGAAAAUGAUGCGGAGUAUAUAUCUACAAUACAGAGCUUGAUUGCACAGGCGCGUCCACUUACUGAAAGUUCAAGAACUGAUAUUGGGGUUGUCUUUCGGGACAUACUUCGUAGCAUGCAAUCUGGAAAGAAGAAAGAUAUAAACUUGGUAGAUAUAUUUGGAUCAACAACGCUUCUUUCCGCGCUUCAAGAGGACCCGGCUUUCUACAUGUGUAAAUUGCAUCCGUUCCUACCUGAGGGUACCGAUCCAACAGGGGAUAUAGUGGAACAGGUUAAGAACCCCCAAGUUGCAGCUGCUGCAGCCUCUUUGGGUUCGGCUCUACGAGAUCCAGACGCAUUCCGUCAAUUGUGCUUAUCCUUCGGAAUUGAUGCGAAAACCCCUGGCGUGAUGGGGUUCCUUGAAGGAUUGAUGAAGCAGUAUGGGAAGUGA